GUAGACUAAUUAUAUAUUGUAGUUGCAAAGAAAAUUGCAAACAAAUAAAUCAAAUAUUAAUUAGAAACUUGCAUAAAAUACUCAUAAUAGUCGUAAAUUUAAAUGGAAGUGAACAACAAAAAAGAAGAAAAAGUGCUUUGUGUGUGUGUUUGUAUGAAUAUAUAUUGUGCAUAUAAAUCAAUAAGAGCAAAACUCCGCUGUAGCAGUCGGGCUUAAAUAUUUAAUUUGGUUUUAGCCUGGCCUAAACACAUAAGUGGCAAUAAAAUUUUUUGCGCUCUCACUCUGCGUGUGCAUGUGUAUAAAUAAAUAAGUAAACUGCGAACAGACAGACAGAUAUGUUAUGUUUGUUGUUUCGGUGUGACCAACUCGUAUCGUAGACCGCUGCCGCCGCGUGUGUGUGUCCUUUAUUUAUGAGACAGAAAAACAAAAGGAAAAAGCCGGACCUAAACGAAGUCGCAAAGCGAUUCAAGUUCAAGCGCAAAACUUUUUGCACACAAAUUUAUUGCCAUCUGGCCCCCCGUUUAACCUUUUGUAAAUGUUUUGGCGCAUCGCCGUCGCGCUCGCGCAAUCCUUCGCAGCUCGUGUACUCUCGAGUCCUGCGGGCAUCGUUUGCAACACACACAAAAUAUAACGGGCAACAAAUAAAAAGGGAAAAUCUCAAAAAAAGUGGAAGUAAAAUAAAAGAGCAUACGGAGGAAAAGCGCUCAUAAAAGCCAAUACAAACGAUGCUACUGCUUCCGCUCCCGUGCGCACACACACACACACACACACAUAAUACUUACACACACAUCUACACACGCAGGCCGGCACACACGUCGUGAGUGUAUGCGAAGAGUAGCUGCAAUGGACCAACAAAGAAAAUAAUGAAUUUCCAUAGAAAAUAACCAAACAAAUAAAAAUAAAUAAAAAAAAGAGGAAACCAAUUAAACAGCUUUAAAAAAAAAUUCUCCACAACAGAACCAAGAAACGCAAACCCAAAACAAACUGACCAAAUAAAAUGCUAUAAAUGUGUGCUGUGUAUAAAAAUAAAUGAAAACAAAAAGUAAAUAAAUGAAUUGUUAAUUAAAUGUAAAUAAAUGUUGAAUUUAGUGUGCUUAACUUAAACUGAGGACCAACAAAAAACAAAAACAGGAAACAGAUAUCCAACUACACACAAAACAAAAUAUAAUAAAUGAAUAUAAAAGGGAAAGUUAAUUGAAUUUUGUAUAAAACUUUCUAAGCUGCUGUGCAACAUCAAUGUGAGACUUGUGCAUAACCUUAAACAACAAUAGAGCAACAACUAGUUAAACUAACUAUAUCAAAUAUGGAACUUAAUAGAACAUUUAUAUAUUUAAGUGUACAUAUGACCAAAUAAAUGGUACACAGUUUGGUAAAAGCUUUAAUUAGUGCUUAAGUGAAAGAGUGUAAAUCGAGGCUCACUUUUAGUGUCAAUUGACCAAGGAUUCAUGUAAAUAUCGAACACAUACACACACAAUCUAUAACAACUGAAAGUGUAACUCUAGACUGUGCUUAAAACAUACAAAACUAUUUAACUAGCUAUAUACAUAAACUAUUCAAGAAUUUUGAACAGCAUUUAAAUAAAACUAAAACGUCAGAAUGUCAAUGUUCUUCUUUCGCUUGCAUAAUCUCCAGCGCGCCGAGGAGAACAAGCGCAAGAAGCGCGUGGAGCAACAGCGUCAACAGCAGCGCCAGCGUCGAGGCGCCAAGGUCUUCAAAUGUGUCAGCGACUCAACUGGCCACCUGACGCUGGCCCCAUCUCGACUCUUCGAGCGCACGCCAAUGAGUCCAUCCGACAGCCUGGACGAGAUUGCGCUUCAAAUACCAAGAGUGCGUGUGGAGUACUAUGUGAAUGAAAACACAUUCAAAGAAAGACUGCAACUCUAUUUCAUUAAGAAUCAGCGUUCAAGCUUACGCAUACGAAUUGCCGAUUUAUUCCUUAAGUUACUGUCGUGUGUUCUCUACAUAAUACGUGUGAUAUUGGAUAAAAAUCCAACAUUUAUAACAUGCUAUGGCUGCGAAGUGGCCAAUAAGACAGAGUUUAUCAUCUCUGCCAAGCUGACGGAGGAGGAGUUCCAGGAGAAUCCAAUUAUCAACUGGGAUGCAAUACUCUGGGUGAAUCGACCCACGGUGCUCUGGGUGCUACAAUUACUGCUGGCCAUGGUGUCAUUAACUCAAUCUUUGGUUCUAACAUAUUUAGGUUAUAAGGGCAACAUAUGGCAGCAAAUACUCUCAUUUCACUUUAUACUAGAAUUAGUAACGACAAUACCCUUUGCACUAACGAUUGUGCAUCCGCCGCUGCGCAAUCUUUUCAUACCUAUUUUCCUGAACUGUUGGCUGGCCAAACGUUCGCUGGAGAACAUGUUUAACGAUUUGCAUCGAGCCAUGCAAAAAUCACAAUCGGCUUUGUCGCAACAGUUGACAAUAUUGUCGGCAACGUUGUUGUGCCUUGUCUUCACCAGUGUUUGCGGCAUUCAGCAUUUUCAGCGCGCCGGACAUCGUCAUUUGAAUCUGUUUCAGAGCACCUAUUACGUGGUUGUGACCUUCUCCACGGUUGGUUACGGCGAUUUAGUGCCAGAUAUUUGGCCAUCCCAGCUCUAUAUGGUCAUCAUGAUUUGUGUGGCGCUGAUUGUGCUGCCCACGCAGUUUGAGCAAUUGGCAUUCACGUGGAUGGAGCGACAGAAGCUGGGAGGCAGCUACUCAUCGCAUCGAGCGCAGAGCGAGAAGCAUGUCGUGGUGUGCUCGACAACGCUGCAUGCAGACACAAUAAUGGACUUUCUCAACGAGUUCUAUGCACAUCCCCUGUUGCAGGACUUCUAUGUGGUGCUGCUUAGCCCCAUGGAGCUGGACACAACGAUGCGUAUGAUAUUGCAGGUGCCCAUUUGGGCGCAGCGUGUCAUCUACAUACAGGGCUCGUGUUUGAAGGACGGCGAUUUGGCGCGAGCACGCAUGAAUGAGGCGGAGGCAUGCUUCAUAUUGGCUGCUCGCAACUAUGCGGAUAAAACGGCGGCCGAUGAGCACACUAUACUUCGGUCGUGGGCCGUCAAGGACUUUGCACCGAAUGUGCCGCAGUAUGUUCAAAUAUUUCGGCCGGAGCACAAGCUGCAUGUGAAGUUCGCCGAACACGUGGUCUGCGAGGAUGAGUUCAAGUACGCGCUGUUGGCCAACAACUGCACCUGUCCCGGCGCCAGCACCUUGGUCACCCUCCUGCUCCACACGUCACGGGGACAAGAGGGACAACAAUCGCCGGAGGAAUGGCAUCGACUCUAUGGCAAGUGUUCAGGCAAUGAGAUCUAUCACAUUGUGCUCGGCGACAGUCGCUUCUUUGGGGAGUACGAGGGUAAAAGUUUCACCUAUGCCAGCUUUCAUUCGCAUCGCAAGUAUGGUGUGGCCUUGGUGGGCGUGCGUCCGGCUGAGCUGCCGGAAUUCUAUGAGGACACCAUACUGCUGAAUCCGGGACCCAGGCACAUUAUGAAAAAGGAUGACACGUGCUAUUAUAUGAGCAUUACCAAGGAGGAGAAUUCGGCAUUUGUCGUUAAUCAAAAUCAAACUACGGAUACAACGGCAGCCAGCAACAGAGAUGGAGGCGCCACAAGCAGCUCUGCCAUCGGAGGAGGCGGUGGCCCAGCAACUGCCAAUACAACAAUACCAACAACAAUAACAUCAACAACAAUACAAGCAACAACCAGUACAACAACAUCAACAACAACAACAGUAACAACAACAAUUAGCACGACUUUCACAUCAUCAACAUUAUUAUCAGCAUCAGCAUCAGCAUCAACAACAGCAACAGCAACAACAAUAGCAACAACAGCAACCGCUUUGAACCAAGCGGCAAUUGCACCAGUGCCGUCUGUUUGUGUUCGUGUGCCCCACAGUCCCAGUUAUGAGUCUGCCGGAGGCACGCCCCUAACCGAGCGGCAACACUUGCAACCGUAUCCGUAUUCGUAUCCGCCACCGUCACCGUCACCGUCACCGUUUUCGUAUCCGCAACAACUGCUACAACAACAACAACAACAAACAAGUGACAGUGACUUUACAACACUAUUUGUGCCCAGCGACAACCCAACGGCUGUGAUAAUAUCGGACUCAAGGCAAAAUCUAAAGGACACAACGGUCAGCACAACGCAAUUGGCAACGACGGCGGCCACAACAACGACAGCGAUAACAACAACAACGCUCCCGCUGACAAUGGGCGGAGCAAGUGGCUCAGGUAUGGGACAAGGUGGAUCCAGCAGCAGUGGAGCCAGCGGAGCAGGACCCACAGCUGGUGGCCUAGGGGUCGGCCUCAACAUGGGCACCUCGCUAAGCGUAACACCUGCCACACUGACCACAACGGGCAAUCAUCUGGACGUGCCGUAUGCCAACAAUCCCAAUCUGCUCAGUCCCGAUGUGCUCAAUCAGCGUAGAGGCAGCAGACGACCCUCGAUUUUGCCUGUCCCCGAUAUGUUUACAUCGUCGUCGUUCAGCAUUGCCGGCAACGAUGAUGGCGAGGAGGGUGACGAGAGCGACGAUGAAAUCGAUGAUGAAAUGCCCUGGCGUUCGCCUUCCGAGAAGAUUGCUAUUGUCAAAGGAUUUCCCCCAGUGUCGCCCUUCAUCGGUGUCAGUCCGACUCUCUGCUACCUGCUCAAAGAGAAGAAACCACUCUGCUGCCUGCAGUUGGCCCAGGUCUGCGAGCACUGCAGUUAUCGCAAUGCCAAGGAGUAUCAGUGGCAGAACAAGACCAUCAUUCUGGCCGCUGACUAUGCCUCGAAUGGCAUCUACAACUUCAUCAUUCCGCUGCGUGCUCACUUCCGUUCAAAGACCUCAUUGAAUCCCAUCAUCUUACUGCUCGAGCGUCGUCCCGAUGUCGCCUUUCUCGAUGCCCUCUCCUACUUCCCGCUGGUUUACUGGAUGCUUGGUUCCAUCGACUGCCUUGACGAUCUGCUGCGAGCGGGAAUCACGCUGGCCGAGAGCGUCGUCGUGGUCAACAAGGAGCUUUCCAAUUCCGCCGAGGAGGAUUCCCUUUCCGACUGCAACACAAUCGUGGCAGUGCAGAAUAUGUUCAAAUUCUUUCCGAGCAUCAAGAGCAUCACGGAGCUGUCGCAGAGCUCGAACAUGAGAUUCAUGCAGUUCCGGGCGCACGACAAAUACGCGCUGCACCUGAGCAAAAUGGAGAAGCGCGAGAAGGAGCGCGGUUCACACAUCUCGUACAUGUUUCGUCUCCCCUUCGCCGCCGGUGCGGUCUUCAGUGCCUCGAUGCUGGACACGCUGCUCUAUCAGGCGUUUGUCAAGGAUUAUGUGAUUACCUUUGUGCGCCUGCUGCUGGGCAUUGAUCAGGCUCCAGGCAGCGGAUUUCUCACCUCGAUGCGCAUCACUAAAGACGAUAUGUGGAUACGCACCUAUGGGCGAUUGUAUCAGAAACUCUGUUCGACCACCUGCGAAAUACCCAUUGGCAUUUAUCGCACACAGGACACAUCGAAUGCGGACACAUCACAUGUGAGUAACUCGCCGGUCGAAAGAUGGGGACCCUUCUCCGCCUUCAGCAGGCAUUGUGUGCGCUUGCGUCCAUCGUAUGAUGAGGAGACUGGCACCCCAGAUUCGACAAAGGACAGCACGGAAAUGCUCCGAGGUGUUACGUAUCGACCGCCGUCGUCAGGUGGCGCCACAGGCACAGGCAGUUACCGUCCCCGUCAGAAGUCGGUCAACUGUCUCGGUGGCUGCUCGGAGCGGAAGGGAUCAUCCUACUCGAUCAAUUUGGCCGACGAGGCACGCGAUAAUCAUGCCCAACAGAUCGAGCGAGCGGAAAUCGCGAAUCUAGUGCGUAGUCGCAUGGAGUCAUUGAAUCUGCCCACCAUCGAUUACGACGAUGUCAGCGAGAAGCGCAAUCAUCUGUCCUAUGUGAUAAUCAAUCCGAGCUGUGAUCUGAAGCUGGAGGAGGGCGAUCUCAUCUAUUUGGUGCGACCUUCACCGUUUUCGGCCCAAAAGACAUUCGAACGCCACAAUUCGAGGCGCAAGUCGAACAUCUCGUUCUGUUCGAACAUCAACUUGGGAGCCACAUGCGGUCCACAAAUGCCAAAUAUGCCCAACACCGCCGUCGGAGCUGGUUCGCGUCGCGGCUCCGGCAUCGCCGGUUUGAACCCAAUGCAAAUGCAGAGCGUUCAGACAUUGGCCGGGUAUGGAUCAUCGCAGCGCUGUACGCCCCCGAUGCAGCAAAUUAAAUCGAAUUCUCUUUCUCUACCCGACAGUCCGACGGUGGUUGGCUCACAGCGCGGCAGGAGUAACUCAUUGCGGAUCGACAACGACAUUCUGUUGCGUCGCUCCUCCUCGCUGCGUCAGGGAUUGCCCAGCGUUGGGGUUAGUCAUGGCAGACGCAAGUCAUCGCUGGAGGAGAUCGGCAUCAGUCACUUCACAACGCUCAUGCAGGCAACGAAUCACAGUAAUCCCAUCAAGAUUUCCCUCAACGGCAGCAUCGGCAUGGAGAAUCAAAUUUCAUUGCAGGUCACGCCGCCAGAGGAGCCCACGCCCAUGUUGGGUGUCCCCUGUGUCCUGGGAGGCGGCGGUGUCGGUGGCAUCAAUCCCUCAGCGCUGGGCGGCAGCUCAAGUGGUGGCAUGCUGGGUGCCAGCUCAUCGCUCGCCAUCAACACCGCAGAUCUGGGACCGGGACCGAGCACGUCGUCGGGUGCCACGCUGCAGGCGCAGGAUUCGCUGCCGCAGUCGUCGCAGGUGUCGUCGCCGCAGCAUCUGCAGGGCACGAUUGUAUGAUACAACCUUAUGUGGGGUCGCCGACUCCGCUCAUCGAUGUCGAAGAACAAGUGGAUAUAGAAUACGGCCAGCACACACAGACGUAGAGAUAAGUUCUAGGUGGCAACUUGUGUAAUGUUAGGGCUAACUGCUGUACAACCCCAGUCCAAUGCUAAUUAGAUUCUAAACAUUAUCUAAGCGAGCUAGCGAUGGUUGCGUGACACGAGCUAGGAAUUGAUACAAACACGAAACGAAAGGAAAAUCAAAUUGAAUUUUAAUUCAAAUCAUUCAGUUAGCUUUUUGUUCAUUUAUCCACUAAAUACCCUUUUAUCGUGUCACGCUUCCAUCUCUAAGCUAAUGAGCUAAUAUAUGUAUUUAUCUAUCCAACCCACCCGAUAGCAGUCAGUGUAGCCUGUCAGUGUCUGUGGUGUGUGUCUCAGCUAAUGUGUUAAUUCUAGUAUCUACGCCUGUAGAGGCGUGUCCCCGCACCCCCGCUCCACCAAUUUCCCAUUUAUUUAUUUUGCGUAAAUAGCCAAGUGAAGCGUAGCCUUUAUAAUACAAUAUCCAUAGGGUGUGGUCUCGAGACGAUAAUAAUAAUGAUGAUGAUGAAGAUGAUGAUGAUUAUCGUUUUGCUUAUUACAAAACUAUGUCUAAUAAGUAUAUGAGUAGCAAUAAAUUGUAUUCGAAAUUCGUUCGGUAUGCUUUAUAUUCAAAUGAGGCAAUUGUGUUUUUGGGAACAACAAAGUAGUUAAACUAUUGGCAUAUGAAUGAGGUAUUAACCAAUUAGCUAGCUGUACAUAUGCACAUACAUCACCCAUGUAUGUAUGUGUAUUUAGUUGAUAAUGCAUUCAAAAUAGUUUUUAAUCAAAAGUCGAUUCAUUUCUAGCAUAUCUCUAAUGACAAUUAGCUGCCCCCUGAACAAAAUAGGCUCAACAUUAAAUAAAAGGGCAUUAAAUAAAUUUCAAAAAAAAAGAAAAGCUUUUUAGCUAAAAAAAAGAAGAUUAUAUUAUACUAUGUAUAUAACUUAGUUAUAGGCAGAUUAUUAUAUUGAUCCAUUUGUUAUUGACUUUAUUUAAGAUUAUUAUGCAAUAUUUAUAAAAUACAAUUCUCACAGCAACUUCCUUAGGUUUCAUAUGUUGCACAGUUAUCACUUUGAUAUUUUCCCUUUAUUACUUUUAAGAAAGGUGCUAUCAAUGUUUUCGUACCACACAUCACCGAAAUUCUGUUUUUUUUUUGAAAUAUAAUAUGUAUAACUUGAAAAUGUGUCGAGAAAAACGGUUUUCAGAACGGCUUUGGUAUACUCUAAUGCUUUACGAAACAACAACAAAGUAUAAAAAAAAACAAAUUUAAAAAAUUAUAAAAUCGAAAAGAAAACAAAAACUAUACUAUGUAGUUGCUGUAUAUAGUAGAGAUAUGUUUAAGAUCGAAGCAUUUCAAGGAACUGCUGCAAAACAAACUAUUAGAACUUAAACUAUAAAAAAUGCGCAAAACAAACGAAACUAGUUCUAUAAAUUAUGAAUACAAAUUAAAUAUGUACGAGUAUUUAGUAGAUAAGCACUUAGUUCGGUUGAGGGCCGUGCUCAAAGCCUAAGCCUAAUAGCUAUACGAAAAAAACUGUACCAAGAUCCCAAUGAGCUAUACACAGAAGAAGAUGAAGAAGAACCCAGCACCUCCCCAAAUAACUGUAUAUAUAGUAACGAUGUAUACUUUUAUGUAUAACUCACACCCAACUAAUUGUAUUGUAUUUGUAAUUGUAGUAAGAAGUAUUAAAGGAGGCACCUAACUAAGCUGAACCCAGACACGUCCCAAUAAUACAAGGAAAUUUAUUAAUUAGCCUAUACAAAGUACCUACCCACACUCACACUCACACACAUACACACUAAAACACACACUCGAUUAUAAUAUGUAGAGCACAGACAGUUUUAUAAGUGAAUUUUACUCGAUCAUAUUUCGAAGAAAAGAAUAUUAAUUAUACUAAAUAUGAUCAUGAUAUGCAUUCCAGUGUCUCAAGAACCUACAGAAAAGUGUGCAUGCAGCGACAUGCACGCCUAGAUAAGCCUAAGCUUAGCACACCUAAAAGAAAAGAAAAACAAACAUAUAUAGUAUCUAUAUUGUAUAACACUAAGUAAUGUACUUAGCAGCCACUACAACUUAGCAAUUAGUCAAUGUCUCAAUGUACAAAACUCAGCUAAGGGCGACGCCCUCAAUUGCAUAUGAAGCAAGAGAAAGAAAGAACCACAAAUAACAAUUAACAAAAGCAAACAAUUAAUAAUAAAACAAAAACAACAAAUGUACUUAUUUAAUAAUGUAUAAUUGCUAUAGAGAGCAUAUUAUGGUUAGAUUAUAUAUACAUAUAUAUAAAACUUGCUGUAAUAUUUAACUCUGAUCUUUAAGGCAGACAACAUGAAACUUACAAUAAAUUCAAAAUAUA